AUGCUGGACAGGGCUGAUGAAGAGUGUCUUAUAUUCCAUACCUGCUUACAGAGAAAAGCUUUAUUGACAUCCCUUAGACGCCUAAUUCCCAGCCCUCCUUCUUGUUUAGGCUUGCAGAUUGAAGCUAGGCCACCAGUAAACAGAGAAGUUGUGGUCUCAUUUUCUCUGCUUCUGGGAAUAUCCCAGAGCUUCGAUUUCCAUGAAAAAGAUCUGGAGACUGAAGAUAGUCUCUGGAACUUGUUCGAGAGGUGGAGUCAUCAUCAUACGGUUUCUAGAGAUCUCUCAGAGAAGCCAAAGCGUUUCAAUGUGUUCAAAGAGAAUGUCAAGUUCAUUCAUGAAUUCAACAAGAAAGAUCAUCCUUACAAGUUGAAGCUCAACAAGUUUGGAGACCUGACCAACCAUGAGUUCAGGAAUCUUUUUGCAAGCUCCAAGGUGAAACACCACAGCAUGAUGAGAGGGACUUCCGGCACUGGUGGGUUCAUGUACGAGAAGUUCGAUAAGGUCCCUGCUUCCAUUGAUUGGAGACAGAAAGGAGCUGUCACCCCUAUCAAGAACCAAGGCCAAUGUGGAAGUUGCUGGACAUUUUCAACUGUAGUUGCUGUUGAAGGCAUAAACCAAAUCAAAACAAAGAAGCUGCUGUCAUUGUCUGAGCAGCAACUGGUGGAUUGCGAUAUAGGCGAUGGUAACCAAGGCUGUAAUGGAGGUUACAUGGAUCGGGCGUUCGAGUACAUCAAGAAGGUUGGAGGGAUCACUACAGAGGAGAGUUAUCCCUACACAGCUACAAAUACGACUUGUGCUGUAUCCAAGGUGAAUGCUCCUUUGGUGACAAUUGAUGGGCAUGAGAACGUGCCUCCUUCCGAGAUUUCCUUGAUGAAAGCUGUUGCAAACCAACCUGUUUCUGUUGCCAUUGAUGCUGGUGGUCCAGCUUUCCAGUUCUACUCAGAGGGAGUAUUCUUUGGACCCUGUGGGACAGAAUUGGAUCACGGAGUUGCAGCUGUGGGGUAUGGAACAACUGUGGAUGGGACCAAGUAUUGGAUAGUGAAGAACUCAUGGGGCACAGAUUGGGGAGAGCAGGGUUACAUUAGAAUCCAACGUGGAAUAAAAGCCCAAGGAGGACGAUGUGGUAUAGCCAUGGAAGCUGCUUAUCCCAUCAAAAACUCCCCUAAUAGGGAUGCCAAGCCGGUUUCCCCUCUCAAGGACGAGCUCUGAGGAGAAUUUGUGACAUUUUUCUUUGAAGUUUUUGUGGUUAGGCAUUAGGCUAAUAAUGGAAUUUCUUGUAUCUCUCAGAGAAUGGAAUAAAAUAUUGUAUCAACAUCUAUAAGCAGCUGUGAAUUGAAUGGCAAUUUUCUUUUAA